UCUCCCACACAUCCACCCUCGCUCCCGCGCUCUCUCCGACUCACUGAGUCAAAUCAAACCCUAACUCGAGAUGGAAGAAGAGAUAAAGGCGGAGUUCGAGAAAAGCGGCUUCUCUCUGGAAGAAGAAGAACAGAUCCUCCAAAAAUGCCUCUCUUUCUGCAUAAAUUACAAACUCAGCCCUUCCGAUAUCGUCUCUAGCUGGGAGAUUUACUAUCUCAACAGGCAACUAAAUGGAUCCAUGGUACAAAAUGAUGACAUGGACGGUUUCCUAUCGCACCUACAAAAUGAACAGAAGGACAGCAUUAUCAAAGAAGAAACCAAUUUACACAUUUACUCUAGUAAUGAUGUCGACAUGAUUCUAAAUGACAAUCAUGAAGAUUCCCAAGUGGGUUCUUUCGACACCCCAAUGAAAGAAUACGAACGACCAGAUUCAGAACAAUUGAACUCAACACAGGGAACAAAUGGGAGGCCUUCAUCAUCAUCAAGACACAUGAAUAAUCAUCUGACCCCUUUUGGACAACGGACAAAUAAGUUUGUGUUACAGUUCUCAUUCAAUAAUCCAGCCACAGACGAUGAAGCAAGAGAGCAAGAUGUUGAAAGCAUGGAAGAUGAUGUUAUUAGAAGGGUUCGGCCAAGCAAAAGAUGUUCCUUGCAAUUUCACCAAUCACUGCCCGAACCAGGCUGCCGUUUCAUGCAUGACAGGAUUGAAGAUAGGUUUAAUUCCCUCGAAGCUCGCAUUCAAAGGCAUACGAUGGCGCUUGUUGCAUCAGGACUGUAUGGGGAACCAACUGAUGCUACAUUGGCUUCACAGAAAAGUGUGUUUGUGGUCGGCAUGGUUUGUUGCGAUGGAGAAGGUCAUCUGAAUGAAAAGUCCAUCUUGUUACAAGGCAGUGUUGAGCAUUCUGGAGGGCAACGCGUGCGUCUUGACCUCCAGAAGUUAAACCGCUUUUCCUUGUUUCCGGGUCAGGUGAUUGGCAUUGAGGGACACAAUCCUAGUGGACACUGUUUCAUUGCUGCAAAAGUGGUGGAUUCUCUUCCUUUGUUGGUUACUCCUAACACGGAUUUGCCGCCUGCUAAGAAGCAAGCACUGGACAAGGAAUUUCAACCAACUUCUCCUUCCAUGUCUGGGGAUAUAUCGUUGGUUAUUGCAGCUGGUCCUUUCACUACAACUGAUAACCUGCUAUUUGAGCCUUUAGAAGAACUUCUUGCACGUGCAAGAAGAAAGCAGCCGCAACUACUUGUGCUGCUGGGUCCAUUUCUUGAUUCAGAACAUCCAGAUAUAAAGAGAGGAACUGUCAACCAAAGCUUUGAUGAAAUUUUUCGUGUGGAAAUACUCACUAGGUUGCAAGAUUAUGCUGAGUAUAUGGGCAAUGCUGCCCGUGUGAUUCUCAUGCCAUCGACACGUGAUGCUAACCAUGACUUUGUUUUCCCUCAGCCUGCAUUUGAUCUCCAUAUACCCGAAGAUCUUCGACAUCAAAUAACUUGUCUUGCAAAUCCAGGACUUUUCAAUGGAAACGAGGUCAUGGUAGGUUGUUGCACUGUGGAUAUUCUGAAACAGCUUAGCAGCGAGGAGAUUUCCCGAAUAUCGGCUGAUGGAUCAUCCAGUGAUCGUGAUCGCAUGGGGCGACUUGCAACUCAUGUAUUGAGCCAGCGCAGCUUUUAUCCUCUAUAUCCACCCGCACCAGGCAUUCCUUUGGAUCUUUCACUUGCUCCUGAAGCUCUCCGGAUCACUUCUAUUCCUAAUAUUCUCAUCCUCCCUUCAGAUCUUGGUCCUUUCGUCAAGGUAUUGUCCCUUGGAGAAACAAGUGAUGCUGCUGAGAAUGCGAGAUGCAUUUGCUUGAAUCCUGGGAGACUUGCUAAGGGCAUUGGUGGAGGUACCUUUGUAGAGCUUAACUACCAUGGAGAUCCAGACAGAACAAAUGCAUCGAUCAUCCGCAUCUAAAUCUGUUAUGAAUAAUGCUAAUGGUUGCAAGAGCUGCUUAAUGGAGAUGGGAGUUUUUACUCGUACAGGUAUUUCAUCAUAUGAGUUUGAAUUUUGAGUUUGAAUUUCUUGUCAUGGGAAGAGAGCUGAGCUAACUGUUCAGCUCAGAAAAUUGUGGGUAGCAUUUAGGCAUUGAUCAGGUGGAGAGCUAAUUUCUCUUGUUUUUGUUAGUUCCGGUUUUCGCUAUGUAUUAUAUCAAUUCGUUAAAAAAAAAAUCAUUUGUUCCCUUA